CUAUUGCUUCAGUAUCAUACUAUACUAAGUCAAGAGUCAUGAAGCUUCGUUGAACGCAAAUUGGGACUCAGAUACUAUCAUGCACCCUUGCGGAGGGAUCGUUGCGGCUAUUCGCGCUCGAGGCAGUCGUGGUGCCCCUGGCUUCCCACGCCUUGGAAGAAGGCCGUUCCAGAUUGUUCCUCGAAGGAGCUUGCUAACAGAUAGCUAUGCACGAGGGCCGUCCAGUCCGCCCUUGCUCGAAUCGACGGUCGGCGAACAUUUCACGAAGAUCGUGGCGGAACAUGGUGAUAGAACUGCGUAAGUCCUUCACCAAUCUUUUGUCGGAGCUAUGAAAACCGACUCGGUUUAGUGUCGUCUCCAAACACCAGAAUGAUCGCGUAUCGUAUGCUUCUCUCGAUGCUAGGAGCAACGCCCUUGCCCGCGGCCUACAGUCCGUUGGGGUAAGGAAGGGGGAUCGCGUCGGAGUCAUGCUGGGAAACUCGAUGGAAUAUGCGGUGGCAACCUAUGCUUUGUUCAAACUCGGAGCUGUUUUGGUUCCCCUCAAUCCCUCAUUCAAUGCUACGCAAGUAGUAUCCGCACUGGGUCACCUCGAGUCCAGCCAUUUAAUUAUUAGUGCCGAGUCCAAUCUCCCUCGCAAAGAUCCUCGCAGCAAUCUCCCGCUCCUGGAGCAUCUGAUCGGCGAUCUCUCGUCUUCAAAAUUAGAAUCAGAAUCGGUCCCCUCACUGAAGCAGAUAAUUCUGGUUAAUAACUCUGCGGGCCGAUUUGAUGCAUCUUUAUAUAAAUCCCUGACACCUUUCUCGUCGAUAAUGUCUCAGAUGGCGGCUGAUGGCCGCCCAUUAUCUCCACAAGAUCUCUCUCCGCACGAUAUUGUCAACAUCCAAUUUACUUCUGGCACGACUGCCAUGCCGAAGGCAGCUUGUCUGAGCCAUCGAUCUAUCUUGAAUAAUGGAUCACAGAUCGGCGACCGCAUGCUCCUGACUGCGAAUGAUAUCGUUUGUUGCCCCCCUCCGUUGUUCCAUUGCUUUGGCUGCAUUCUAGGAUAUAUGGCAACGGCAACCCAUGGCUCCUCGAUUGUCUUCCCAUCCGAGUCCUUCAAUGCCCGCGCUGCGCUCAAGGCAGUGCAAGAAGAGAAAUGCACUGCACUCUAUGGCGUUCCUACGAUGUUCCUGGAGGAAUUAAAUCUCAUUGAGACUGGAGAAAUCUCAGGCGACGGCUUUCAAUACUUGCGGACGGGUAUCGCUGCUGGCAGUAGCAUCCCGUCAGAGCUAAUGAAGAAGCUGCACAGGGUUCUGAAUCUCACAGAAUUGACCAUCUGCUACGGCAUGACUGAGACAAGCCCUGUUUCGGCGAUGACGACUACCGAUGAUCCAAUCGACAAGAGGAUCAAUACCGUCGGAAGACUUAUGCCGCAUGUAGAGGCCAAGGUUGUAGAUCCAGUCGACAAAUCCCGAAUUCUCCCCGUUGAUACGCCGGGCGAGUUAGCUAUUAGUGGGUAUCUACUCAUGAAAGAGUACUGGAAUGAUCCAGAACGGACAGCGGAAGUGAUGAUUGCGGACAAUGCGGGAAAGGUUUGGAUGCAUACCGGUGAUGAAGCGUCCAUGUCAGCAGACGGUUAUGUGACUAUCACUGGCCGUAUCAAGGACUUGAUUAUCCGUGGUGGAGAGAACAUCCAUCCAUUGGAGAUUGAGAAUUGCCUACUUGCACACCCGAAUGUGACCGAUGUCUCUGUUGUCGGCGUCCCAGAUGAGCGAUAUGGCGAGGUUGUUACUGCUUUCGUGGUCGCGCGAGAGCAAGCUGCCAAGCCUCCUACCACCGAAGAGAUCCAGGAUUGGGUUCGAGAAAAGCUGAGCGGCCACCUAGUACCCAAGUAUGUUUUCUUUCUGGGACCAGCUGAUAGCUUCCCCAAGACUGCAAGCGGGAAGAUCCAGAAAUUCAAGCUCAAGGAGCAGGCUAUCGAACUAGUGGCGAAAGGCAAAGAAGCCAUUGCAGAUACCUAG